AUGACAGUGGCUACCGGAGAUCCUGCAGACGAAGCUGCAGCUCUUCCCGGUCACCCUCAGGACACUUACAACCCCGAGACCGACCAUGAGUGCUGCGAGAGGGUGGUCAUCAACAUCUCGGGGCUGCGCUUCGAGACGCAGCUCAAGACGCUGGCCCAGUUCCCAGAGACCUUGCUAGGGGAUCCUAAAAAGAGGAUGAGAUACUUUGACCCUCUCCGGAACGAGUAUUUCUUUGACAGGAACAGACCCAGCUUCGACGCCAUCCUCUACUACUACCAGUCGGGGGGGCGGUUGCGGCGGCCGGUGAACGUGCCCUUGGAUAUCUUCUCGGAAGAGAUCCGUUUCUACGAGCUGGGGGAAGAAGCCAUGGAGAUGUUCCGGGAGGACGAAGGCUACAUCAAAGAAGAGGAAAGGCCCUUGCCUGAGAACGAGUUUCAGAGACAGGUGUGGCUGCUCUUCGAGUACCCCGAGAGCUCGGGCCCCGCCAGGAUUAUCGCCAUCGUCUCCGUCAUGGUGAUCCUCAUCUCCAUCGUCAGCUUCUGCCUGGAGACUCUGCCCAUUUUCCGGGAUGAGAACGAGGACAUGCACGGCAGCGGGCUGAGCCACCCCCCCUACUCCAACAGCAGCAUGGGCUACCAGCAGUCCACCUCGUUCACAGACCCCUUCUUCAUCGUGGAGACCCUCUGCAUCAUCUGGUUCUCCUUCGAGUUCUUGGUGAGGUUUUUCGCCUGCCCUAGCAAGGCUGGCUUCUUCACCAACAUCAUGAACAUCAUCGACAUCGUAGCCAUCAUCCCUUACUUCAUCACCCUAGGGACGGAGCUGGCCGAGAAGCCAGAGGACGGCCAGCAAGGCCAACAGGCCAUGUCCUUGGCCAUCCUCCGAGUCAUCCGCCUGGUCAGGGUCUUCCGCAUCUUCAAGCUCUCCCGGCACUCCAAGGGGCUGCAGAUCCUGGGCCAGACCCUGAAGGCCAGCAUGCGGGAGCUGGGCCUCUUGAUCUUCUUCCUCUUCAUCGGCGUCAUCCUCUUCUCCAGCGCCGUCUACUUCGCCGAGGCCGACGAGAGCGAGUCCCAGUUCCCCAGCAUCCCCGACGCCUUCUGGUGGGCCGUGGUUUCCAUGACGACUGUUGGCUAUGGGGACAUGGUCCCCACCACCAUUGGGGGGAAGAUAGUGGGGUCCCUGUGUGCCAUCGCUGGCGUGUUAACCAUUGCCUUACCGGUGCCCGUCAUCGUCUCCAACUUCAACUACUUCUACCACCGGGAGACGGAGGGAGAGGAGCAGGCUCAGUACUUGCAAGUAACCAGCUGCCCAAAGAUCCCUUCUUCCCCUGACCUAAAGAAAAGCAGAAGUGCCUCAACCAUUAGCAAGUCUGAUUACAUGGAGAUUCAGGAAGGCGUGAACAACAGCAACGAGGACUUCAGGGAGGAGAACUUGAAGACAGCCAAUUGCACCCUGGCCAACACAAACUAUGUGAAUAUCACCAAGAUGCUCACCGACGUCUAA